CAUCAACGAAUUUAGUCCCAGAGAUUCCCGGAAUUCGCCAUGAGCGUACGAUGAUUCGCCAUGAGCGUACGAUGGGCUAUGUCAGUGACAGGUGCUUCGAGCAUGUUGAGGAUUAUAUCCACUGGAUGUCCCAGCCAAGCCGCGUGGUCUACGUGGAAUGGCGGAAAGUGCGGCAUGAGAAGAGUCGUGGAUUGACCUCGCAUUCUUGGCUGGAAGUCCGCUUGUUGGAUGACCGCCGCUUGCGGAUGGAGAUCUACGCAGACAGAGGCUACACCGAGCAAUGCUUCGACCCCCGAGCCGUCAGCGCGCCCGGUGCGGGCACCGCGGGGCUACGCUUCUUCGACCCAGACAGCACCAUCUACGACGGCCGCUGCGCGGGCGAGACGGAGCUGCGGCGGGCGCUCACGGCGGAGACGCUGCGGGAGGAAGCGAAGAGCUUGGCGCGGAGGCCAUACUCAUUGAGUGAGUUCAAUUGUCAUCACUUCGUGCUGGAGCUUUGGAACAGCAUGGUGGUGGACUCCUUGCAAUCCAAACACUUCCCAGAUCGAACCAAGCUGGGCUUGCUGUGGGGCGUGGAGGAGAUGAUGGGCCACUGGCUUCAAGGCGCUUCCUCCUUAGCUUCUGUGGGCGCCCCGACUUCGGGCGCUGCACAGAGGGCGCCACCCACCAUACCUGUGCGGGCGGAUGUAUUUUUGCUGGAGACCACUGGGCAGAUGAGGUUGGCCGAGAUGCCACAGUCGAUCGAGACAGCAGGCAACAGUCCCACUGCCUGCUGGGCCGCCCGGCAGCUGCCGGGCGUGGAGGAAGCAGCGAUGCGGGUGGUGGAGCUGAUACGGACCUUUGACAUCUUGGAGCUGAACAAGCGACUCGAGUUGGACUUGCCUAAGACCACCUUCAGCGUCUUCGCCUCCUUCGCCUCCACCUCGUCCUCAUCGGUGGGAACCUCGUGGGAGCACUGCUUCGUUCUUCUGCGCGGCAGGGAGCUCCGCUUGGCCGUGCACAGCGUGGGACUGGGGCGCCAAUUCCUGCUUCUGAGUGGCGAUGCCUUGCGCAACCAGGAAGAGCACUGGCAGUGGCGAAGGGAAGAGCACAGGUUGUCUCCAACAGAGAGAGCCUUUCAGCUCCAGGAGCCCUUCCGCCAAGCGCUUCGCCGCAGCGCAUGGCACGCACUGCCCACGGCCGAAAGCGAUUUCAAGGACCUGUCAUAGGUUUCCACCUGAACACAGCAGUUUUCGCGCUUAUGGCGGUUCUCGCCACUUCGCCGGGAAGCGGCGGUUCAGGGGCGACCGUCCGAGAGCUGCAUCGUGCCAA